AGAACAUCCUAGUUUGACCUGAAGAGAGUCCCCUUCUGGGAAUGGUAGGAGAUAAAAUGAGACCAUAAGGAAGUCCGGCUGUAAAGGAACUCUCCUUUGUUCAUAGUGCCAGGCAUGUUACAGGGUCUUAAUAAAUACUGAAAAAUAUACCAGGAGAAUAGCUGUAACUUUAUUCUUUAGCCUUUAAAGAGAUGCUAUGGUUCUGAAACUGAAAGAGGGUUUCAGUUCCGUAAGCUUCCUGAGAUAUAGCUGCUUGUCAGAGGUGCAGACCCAAAGAUGGUUUUUGACUUCUUGGGACUUUAAGUAUACACAAAGAUGGUUCUUACCUUCUCGGGGCUUUUCAUGUACGCAGUUUCAUCUGUUAAGUAUACUUUCAGGAAACUCAAUUCUGGAAGUAGCUGAAAUUUACCAGAAGGUAAUUUAACUUGAAGGCCAUAGACUGGCCAGAGGAGGUUUUAUGAAUGUGAAAUUCAGCAUUUACUAUCAUUUGUAGUGAGAAUGAAUGUGCACUUCUGUUUCCUGCUGAGGGAAACUUUAACUUGCAUCACAUUCUCAUGAUGUUUGCUCCACCCAACUAGGGGGAAAAAUCAUUGUUUUAUAUCGUAUUUUCAAGUUUCUUUAUGCCACACAAAUACAUUUUUCAUCAUGAUUCAGCACAUUUUGUGUAUACAAAAUUGAAAUAAAAUCAUCCUGAGACUAUUCUUACCCUCACUUUACCUGAUAAGACUAUUCCUGUUUUCCUGUUUUUUUUUUUUUUAAUCUGGCAACUAAAUUAAUUUAUUCACCCAUAAAUGGCUCACAACAUGAAGUUUGCAAAAUACUGCUUUGGAUGACAGCAGCCUGCGAAUGGGAGUGGUGGGGAAGAGUAAGGGGAAAGCUGAUGCUGGGAAAAGAAAAUGAACUGUAUCUGAUGUAGUCAGUCAAAGGAGCAGACUUAAAAUUUUGAACCCGAAUGAAAGAAAGAUGGCACCACUAUGCCAUCUUCCGCAUCAAAUCCACUUACGUGGGGACGGACAUUUUGGCAAUUAACAUGGCAACUAUAGAAGAAAUUGCACACCAAAUUAUUGAACAGCAGAUGGGAGAGAUUGUUACAGAGCAGCAAACUGGCCAGAAAAUCCAAAUCGUGGCAGCACUUGAUCAUAAUACACAAGGCAAGCAGUUCAUCCUGACAAAUCAUGAUGGCUCUACUCCAAGCAAAGUCAUUCUGGCCAGGCAAGAUUCCACUCCAGGGAAAGUUUUCCUCACAACUCCAGAUGCAGCAGGUGUUAACCAGUUAUUUUUUACAACUCCUGAUCUGUCUGCACAACACCUCCAGCUCUUAACAGAUAAUUCUUCAGCAGACCAAGGACCAAAUAAGUUUUUUGAUCUUUGCGUAGUAUGUGGAGACAAAGCAUCAGGGCGUCAUUAUGGAGCAGUAACUUGUGAAGGCUGCAAAGGAUUUUUUAAAAGAAGCAUCCGAAAAAAUUUAGUUUAUUCAUGUCGAGGAUCAAAGGACUGUAUUAUCAAUAAACAUCAUCGAAACCGCUGUCAAUACUGCAGGUUACAGAGAUGUAUUGCGUUUGGAAUGAAACAAGACUCUGUUCAAUGUGAAAGAAAACCCAUUGAAGUGUCACGAGAAAAAUCUUCUAAUUGUGCCGCUUCAACUGAAAAAAUCUACAUCCGCAAAGACCUUCGAAGUCCAUUAACUGCAACUCCAACUUUUGUAACAGAUAGUGAAAUUGCAAGGUCAACAGGACUAUUAGAUUCUGGAAUGUUUGUGAAUAUUCAUCAGUCUGGAAUAAAAACUGAGUCAGCUGUGCUGAUGACACCAGAUAAGGUUGAAUCCUGUCAGGGAGAUUUAAGUACCUUGGCCAGUGUGGUUACAUCACUAGCAAAUUUUGGAAAAACUAGAGGUCAUUCUCAAAAUAGUAAUGAAAUGCCUAUGAUUGAAAGCUUAAGCAAUGGUGAUGCCUCUUUGUGUGAAUUUCACCAAGAAAUGCAGACCAAAGGUGAUGUUUCAAGGGCAUUUGACACUCUUGCAAAAGCAUUGAAUCCUGGAGAGAGCACAGCCUGUCAGAGCUCAGUAGAGGGCAUGGAAGGAAGCGUACACCUAAUUGCUGGAGACCCAAGCAUAAAUUACAUCGAAAAAGAAGGGCCACUUCUCAGCGAUUCACACGUAGCUUUCAGGCUCACCAUGCCUUCUCCAAUGCCUGAGUACCUGAACGGGCACUACAUCGGGGAGUCUGCCUCCAGACUGCUAUUCUUAUCAAUGCACUGGGCACUUUCAAUCCCUUCCUUCCAGGCUCUAGGGCAAGAAAACAGCAUAUCAUUGGUGAAAGCUUAUUGGAAUGAACUUUUUACUCUUGGUCUUGCCCAGUGCUGGCAGGUAAUGAAUGUGGCAACUAUAUUAGCAACAUUUGUCAAUUGUCUUCAUAGUAGCCUUCAACAAGAUAAAAUGUCAACAGAAAGAAGAAAGUUAUUGAUGGAGCACAUUUUCAAACUACAGGAGUUUUGUAACAGCAUGGUUAAACUCUGCAUUGAUGGAUAUGAAUAUGCUUACCUAAAGGCAAUAGUACUCUUCAGUCCAGAUCAUCCGGGCUUAGAAAACCUGGAGCAGAUUGAGAAAUUUCAAGAAAAGGCAUAUGUGGAAUUCCAAGAUUAUAUAACUAAAACAUAUCCGGAUGACACCUACCGGUUGUCCAGACUACUACUUAGAUUGCCAGCUUUGAGACUGAUGAAUGCUACCAUCACUGAAGAAUUGUUUUUCAAAGGUCUCAUUGGCAAUGUACGAAUUGACAGUGUUAUCCCACAUAUUUUAAAAAUGGAACCUGCAGAUUAUAACUCACAAAUAAUUAGUCACAGCAUUUGAAAGCUGAGAUCUCAGUAUAAACUAAUUGUUCAUUCCCAGAACAGAAGACACCAAAUUGAACUCAUUGCUUCCAGAACAUCUGGAAAAUUUGACUGGAAAAGGGUAACCAAAAACCAAAUUGUUUUUAUUUUGAUUUACUUAAGAAGAAUUUUUGAAGUGACUGGGCAGGUAACAGGAAUUGGUAAUUUCCCUUCCUGGCUUAUUUAAGUGAAUAGGGAAUACUAACAAUUUUUUCUGCCUCAUCUUAGUAUCUAGACCAAGAUCUCAUUAUAUUUUAUUUUAUAAAACAAAUAAAUUAGGCUUUUUUUCCCUCAGAAUUGUGUUCUAUUCAUGUUUUUCAUUAUAAGCUAGUAUGCUUAAUCAUCAGAAACCCCUAAGGAGGACUUCCUUGGAGUUUUCUCUUCCAUAAUAUAAUCUGUUUUAAUUACUGUAUCAAAAGAAGAUUAUUUUAUGUUCAAUGGUAUGAUGAUAACAUUAGAACUACAGGAAAUAAUUGACUGUAUAUAUUUUUUGUCUUUUGUAAAUAUCAUGGCACCCUUAGUAUAUAUCACUCUCAUUGCUGGCAGUGAGACAUAGGCCAUUUGUGAUCUUAAGACAUUUUCAGUGUUGUAUAUUAUUAGUUACAAGCACUUUUUAUUUAUGUAUGUAGCAGAUAAUUGUUUUUGAGACUAAAAUAGGGUUCAUGUUUUAAAAUUUUUGGUUUAUUGCUGUGAUUUAAAAGUUGUAGAGACUGACUGAGCCCAAAACGUUUCAGUGUUUCAAAAUAGGUGUUAUAAUUGUUGCUUUUCCAUUCCACAAAAUUACCUGCCCUUUUUACCUCUUUUUCUGACCUACAUUAUUGCUUCCUGACCCUUCCAUGGGUUUCAGCCAGUUUAUUUUAAGUCAUUAGAAAUACCCAGUUUGUUAAAUAAUGGAUUUAUCAUAGCUAGUCUAUGUUUUCAAGGUGAGUUAAACAAUUAUUUUAAAGCAAAUUGAUGAUUUAAAAAAAUUUUACAUUUUUUAAUAAUAUAAAAGAAUAUGCACUGAUUGGUUUUCACUAUAAAGGUGGAAGAGAUCUUUUAAGAAUAGUACAAGUAUCAAUAGCCUUGUUAUUGCCACAAUAAAAGCAUUUUAGACUCCUUGGAUGUCUUCCACAGUAAUAUUUUCCUUAGCAAACAUGAUACUGUUAAAUAUUCCCUUGCUCUGAUUUCAUGAUGAAGUAUUUUAAUAUGUCUAUCUGUUGAGUAAAAAAAACAUAUAUGGAGAUUUUAUUGCACACAGUACAUUUUUUAUAAAGAUUUUUGCAAUAUAAGAAAACUGAAUUUGGGGGGAGGGUGUGGAUUUUACUAAUUGCUACUUUAUAGUAAAUGAAAAGCUUAGAAGUAUCAACUUACAGUCUCUACCAACUUACUAAGGAAUACCUUUUUCCCUAUUUAAAACAUGAGUUUUUUUCAGGUUUGUUUAUAAUUAUCGGGAAAAGCUACAUUUAGCACAAAAUACCCAAAUGGAAAAAGCAGUAGGUUUAUACCUUUAUAAAAUCAAUGAAGGAAGCCAAGGAUUCAGGAAAAUAAUUCUUUAAAAUAAUGUACUAAUGGUCAUUUAGCAUAUGUUUCUUUCAGUUAUUAUUUUCUGAUUAAAUUUGUAGUCAUAGUUAUAUUUGAAAGUGUUUUUAAAAACUAUAUUAAAAAAUGACCUGCAUCACAAAUCUCUGUUUCUUGCCAGCAUAUUUGAUUUCAGAGUCCUCUUUCUUUGUUCAAUGUUUGGUCAUUCAUUUGUUCCAAUGUUAAGAAAUCUGUAGUAAGCUUUAUUAAAGUACUUCCAAGAAGGGA